AUGGCAGACUAUCUCACCGUUCCCAUUCUUGAUGAACUCGUCCGACGUGUCGAAGAGGACUCAAGCAACGAGGACACCGUGGAAGCAAUGUCAUCGGCAUUCUAUCAUACUAUAUUCUUAUCGACAAGUGGUUCACAGUGGCACCCACGUCAACGGGCAGCAACUGCUCUACAGUCGGUCUACUUCUACGAGUAUCAUGGACUAUUAGCUAAAUAUGAGCGCCUCGUGGCUUGGGCACCAUCUGGUGCAAUCGCAGGAGCAGAAUGCUUUUCAUUGGAUGAGUACAAUCUGAGAGGCCCGAGGGGCAUUAUUCAACCCAUUCCCGGGGUUUUGUCUCCUAAGCCAUAUGCUAACCCCGAAAAAGCGCCAUCAAACCGGAUCGUGAAGUCGACAUUCCUAAGACAGGUCGCUUGGGUUCACCUUCGUGUUGAACGUGGUAAAAUCCACGUUGAAGAUACCAGCGCACGUCCUUGGGGCCCGGAGCAUGCGGUGGCCUGCUACAUCUGCAGCGCGAACAAAUGUAGCGGGGACUACUCUCACUUGGAAGUGCGUUCAGCAACGGGUAGUUCAUCACACCCACGUUCGCCAAUUGGGGUAUAUCUUGGCUUUGGAAAGUUCUGGGGUAACACCGCAUUCGGACAGGAGUUGACGCGUGUGCAAGUGCGUCCACAGUGCGUCGGUCCAGGUAACUUCCAUUCCUCUCUUGAGGUCAUGCGUUCUGGCCAACAGUUCGACGUGAGGAUCACACAGAGGGCACGGAAACCUGCAGACUGCUGGACCCCUGACAUGGCGGGUAUGGCGCCUCUGGUUUGUGGUCCGUUCAAGGUACUGUUGAGCCUUCCGAACGGCUGA